UUCUGUUCCAUCCUGUUUUUCUGUGAUCCUUGCUAGUAUUGUACUCAAAGCAUUCUCCUGUUUACAUCCAGCCGAAAAAACUGCCCUCCGUUCCCACUGAACAAGCAAGCAAAGUAGGAAUAGAAAAAGUAGAAAAAAAGACGUUUUCUGAAUCAUCAUGGAGUCGUUAACCAAAACAUCGCUGAGGGUGUGUCCCUUUGUCAAGUCCCACUCCUCUUCUGCCAUGAAGCAAUUGGCUAAGAGGUCUGGUUUGCUCGCCGAGGCAGCCCACUGCCCAGUCAUGGGUCCUGCCAUUGAAGCUAAAAGAAACUACUCCCACCCUUCAAAGGCCGCAUGUGCUCAAGCUACCGACUCGAUCACUGCCACGAAAAUCAACCACGACGCCACUGCCGCCGCUAAGGCUGCCGCUGAAUUGCACUCGUUUGAUUCGAACGAAAAAGCCACCGACUAUAACGGAUUUUUCGACAACCAGUUGAACAAGAAGAGAGAGGACAACUCUUACAGAUUUUUCAACAACAUCAACAGGUUGGCAAAGGAGUUCCCGAAGGCGCAUUUGCAGGAUGAGGCGGAUAAGGUCAUGGUUUGGUGCUCGAACGAUUACCUCGGCAUGGGUAAAAACAAAGAGGUGUUUGACCAGAUGAUCAAAACCAUGGAGAAGUACGGUGUCGGUGCAGGUGGUACGAGAAACAUUGCAGGUCACAACAGACAUGCCAUCAACCUUGAGUCCGAAGUUGCAGCCUUGCACAAGAAGGAAGGUGCCCUGGUUUUCUCCUCCUGUUUCGUUGCUAAUGAUGCUGUUUUAUCCUUGUUCGGUAAGCAGUUCAAGGAUUUGGUCAUUUUUUCCGACGAAUUGAACCACGCUUCAAUGAUUACAGGUAUCAGAAAUUCUCGUGCGAAAAAGCACAUUUUCAAGCACAACGAUCUGGAACAUUUAGAAGCGCAAUUGGCUAUGUAUCCAAAGUCAACUCCAAAGAUCAUUGCAUUUGAAUCAGUUUAUUCAAUGUGCGGUUCGGUUGCACCAAUCGAAAAGAUCUGUGACUUGGCCGAAAAGUACGGUGCUCUCACCUUCCUCGAUGAGGUCCACGCCGUCGGUAUGUACGGUCCUCACGGUGCAGGUGUUGCCGAACACAUGGAUUUCAAAGCCCACUUAGCUUCGGGUAUCGCCUCUCCCAACUAUAAAACGGUCAUGGACAGAGUCGACAUGAUCACUGGUACCUUGGGUAAGUCUUUCGGUGUCGUUGGUGGGUACGUUGCUGCCAACAGAAGCAUGACCGACUGGAUUAGAUCCUUUGCACCAGGCUUCAUUUUCACUACUUCCUUACCUCCUUCUGUCAUGGCUGGCUUGUCUACAUCAAUCAGAAUUGUCAGAAAGAACGUUGAAGAUAGAAUCAACCAACAACUCAACGUGAAAUAUGUCAAGGAUGAAUUCAAAAGGGCUGGAAUCCCAGUCAUUCCUAAUCCUUCUCAUAUUGUUCCUCUAUUAGUUGGUAAUGCCGCAGAUGCUAAAAAAGCUUCUGACUGCUUGUUGGAUAAAUACAAGAUUUACGUUCAAGCAAUCAAUUUCCCAACAGUUUCCACCGGCGAAGAAAGAUUGAGAAUCACCCCUUCUCCUCACCACGACAAGCAAAUUUGUGAUCAAUUGAUUGAGUCUGUUGACGAUUUAUGGAGAGACUUGGACCUGAAGAGAGUCAAGGACUGGGAAAACAUUGGCGGUCACUGUGGUGUUGGUUCUGCCACCCAUACCCCACUUGAAAACCUCUGGACUGACGAGUUUUUGCAGUUGACCAAUGCAGACUUGAAUCCGAACGUCUUGAACCCAGUCGUUGAACAACUUGAAGUUUCUUCUGGUAUCAAGGUUUAAGGCUGAACGUGGAAGUUUCAUUUUCCGUUUUACUCUUUCCAACAAGUAGGUAAUUGAUCAGUUAUGGUCAUUAUUAUGUUAUUGCUAUUGUUAUUUGUUAUGCUUCUCUAUUUAUCUAUCUGACUAUCUAUAUUUAUACCGUGUUGUUUACUUUAAGAAAAAUCCUACUUGAUAAUUUUUAUUUGCCUGAGCCUUAAAACGA